GAGGCGGCAGCGUCCCGGGCGGGCGGGAGGUGCACCAGCGGCGGUGGCGGCGGUAAAUCCUCCCGGCCGCUCACAGCACUGUGGAGCCGCGUCCCCAGCUCGGCCUCGGACCGCGGCGCCCCUCCUGCCCCUCGCGGCUUUCCGCCCGCCCGCCCGCCCCUCCCCCCCGGCGCGCCGGCCUCGCCGAGCCGGCCGGCCGGCCAGGCUCCCCUCCCCGGCCCCGACGGGCGGGCGGGCUGCCCUGAGGAGGCGGGGAGGGGAGCGCUGGGCCGGCCCGCGGGCGGGCGACGAUGCCGAACUUCUGCGCGGCCCCCAACUGCACGCGGAAGAGCACGCAGUCGGAUCUGGCCUUCUUCAGGUUCCCGAGGGAUCCGGCCAGAUGCCAGAAGUGGGUGGAAAAUUGUAGGAGAGCAGACUUAGAAGAUAAAACACCUGAUCAACUAAAUAAACAUUAUCGAUUAUGUGCCAAACACUUUGAGACCUCUAUGAUCUGUAGAACUAGUCCUUAUAGGACAGUUCUUCGAGAUAAUGCAAUACCAACAAUAUUUGAUCUUACCAGUCAUUUGAACAAUCCACAUAGUAGACACAGAAAACGAAUAAAAGAAUUGAGUGAAGAUGAAAUCAGGACACUGAAACAGAAAAAAAAUGAGGAGACAUGGACUCAGGCAAAGAAAAGGGAAGGAUAUUCUGUGCAGAGGUAG